CAGGAAACUGUCGCUGGAGAUUCGUCGACGUUGGAUUCUCCUUCCCUUUUUCCCUCGCUAUCCACUCCUUUAUCUUUUCUCCUUCUGUCUGUCCCCCUCUGUUUCUCCCCAUUAUUCCUUCGCCUCUCCCAUCUGUGUGAUACUACGCGCCCGCGACGACGGAGAGGAGGAAGAAGACGCGUGUCGCCGAUGAAGGAAACUGGCGACGAGCAGUCAUCAUUCUUACUCGCGUUCGCUCGCUUCUAACAGCGGCGAGUACGUUCCGCGAUACGGCUCCCGAACGAGAUUCGACCGAUUGUCGUCGCCGGGAAGAUACACGGAAACUCCACAAGGAUAUAGGACGAACGUCGUUUUAUUUACCCCGGUCUCGUAGACAAGCAACGUGGUUACUUUCGUAUGUACCGUCGGUCAGGUGACAAGAAGAAAACGGGACCGUGUGACGAGAGAUUCGUAAGCGUCGGUGAAGCCGGUAACCCGAGUGUCGCGAGACGCUCGUAAGACGAACAGGGAAGAUAGUAGGAAGGGAAGAACGGAAGAAGAGACAACGACGUAAACGCAGAGCCCAGCCAAGAUGACGACCAUAGUGGCGGAUUUUGUGCACGGAUAUAGGGACCUCAUGGAUAACAAAUCCGAUCCCAGGGUGAAGGAUUGGGCGAUGAUGAGCAGUCCUUUCCCGACGUUGGCGAUAUGCCUAUUUUACGCUUAUUUCAGCAAGGUUAUGGGACCGAGGAUAAUGGAAAAUAAAAAGCCUUUCAACCUUCGUCAAGUCCUGAUAGUGUACAACUUUAUACAAACGAUAUUCUCCUCAUGGAUCUUCUACGAGUACUUGAUGAGUGGCUGGGCGAAAGGAUACAGUUUCCGGUGCCAACCGGUCGACUACUCGACCAGCCCUAUGGCGAUGAGAAUGGCGCACACAUGUUGGUGGUACUACAUCAGCAAGUUCACAGAGUUCUUCGAUACCCUCUUUUUCAUCCUGAGGAAGAAGAACCAGCACGUGUCGACGCUUCACGUUAUCCACCACGGAAUAAUGCCCUUCUCGGUCUGGAUGGGGAUGAAGUUCGCGCCAGGUGGCCAUAGCACUUUCUUCGCCCUCCUGAACACCUUUGUUCACAUAAUAAUGUACUUCUAUUAUAUGGUGGCUGCGAUGGGCCCUCAAUUCCAGAAGUACAUCUGGUGGAAGAAGUACCUGACUACCUUGCAAAUGGUGCAAUUCGUGCUGAUCAUGUCUCACCAGUUCCAGUUGUUGUUCAGGGAGUGCGAUUAUCCGCGCGGUUUCAUGAUCUGGAUCGGUCUUCACGGCGUGUUGUUCCUGGGUCUGUUCUCGGACUUUUACAAAGCGAAGUACGUAGGCAGCUCGAAGAGACCCAGGUCGCAGAAGUCGCUAAACGGGUCCGCGGGUGGUUUGUGCAUGCCGGUCCUCGAGGACUCGACGCCGCGGCAAAACGGCGUCUCGUCGUACGCGACGAUCUACAACAAGGAGUACAACAGUUGUUACAGCAAUGGAACCAACAACGGUUACGUGGCCAACAACAACACGGAGAAAAAGCUUGCUUAGGACAAGUUCUAUUCUGGGUUUUGGGAAAAAACAGCUCGGGACACGGAAUCACACACGAUACCAUAUUUAAAUCCAUUAACACGGUUCGAUCUCGCCGACGAUCCGCAUCGGUGGCGAGCGUCGCGCGUACCAGGAUGCACCCGGGCGUUGAGGACGGGCUCGCAUGGAAGUUUUGUGGUCGCGGCGGGUGUCCGCGUGUGCAAGAUAUAGAACGAGUCGUCGACGAGAGGACGAACGAAUCGCACACACGUUCGACUUUUCCCGCUAAACGCUUCGAAACUUGUAUAUCUUCAUUUGUUUACAAAAAAAAAAAAAAAAAAGAAAAAAAGAUACAAAAAAAAAAAAAAACUGUCCACCGAGCUGCCGACGCGAACGCGUCCAUCGUCAUGGGGUAAUCUCUGGAAAGGGGUUGUUACGCAUAAGAACUAUUAUCGAUAAAUAAUUAUCAUUCGUGGAGGAAAAUAAACAAAAGAAACCAAAAAAAGAAAAAAAAAACACACACACACAUACACACACACAAAAACAUAAAACACAC